AUGGCCUCGCCGCUGCCUGCAUCUGCCAUGGGCGCUGGUUGGAAUGGCAACGCUCAGCAGCAGCAGAUGCUUCCCUCCGAACCCGACAGCAAUGGCGUUCAGGUCCGGCCCAUGGGCUUAAAAGUCCAUUACACCUUUGACAAGGAAUCCAAGGUCAACUGUCUCGCACGAUAUCCCCACACCGUCCAGGUUCAGACCAUUGCCAUAGACGAAGUCACUUCGAUUGGCGUUAUCGACCUCCGCGUCUGCGUCCAGGCCCUCUCCGACUGCAGUCCCGAACUCGCUGGCCAAGACUGCGACUAUACGAUUUACGCCGUCGACUACUCAGAGCCCGAUACGCCCCAGGUCGGCCAGGGGAUGCUCUCAUGGGCCCUCGACUCCCUCGUCCGUGGCGACAUGCCUGGCCAGCAGCCCAAGCUCGUCACCGGACGUGUAACUCGGAAUCUGCUCGGUGUCUUCAGUGGUGGCAACAGGGAGACACUCGAAGUCAAGCUUCGUCUAUCUGGCUCCGCCAAGCCUCAAUGGCAAACAGACAGCUUCGACAUGGCCAUGACGCCGAGUGGUGCCGCUGAGUGGAAUUCUUUUAUCCAGUCGAACCCUCAGCUCGGCCAGCCACAACACGUGUCGAGAGUAGCUUCGCCAGCCAUGUCCCAAGGGCCUCCCGCCGCCAUACCCAGACGAGACUCGUUUGGUCCCGGUAUGCAGAACAACACGAACGACGUCCAACGCGUUGCUCCCAUCCCAGUCGAUCCCAACACCGUUCCCGACAACCAAGGCGGUUCAUCACGCCCUUCCAGUCGAGCCUCCAACAGAGCGCCCCGAAAACGAAAGCCAACUGGUCGCCCACGUGGACGGCCGAGGAAGAACCCUGUCGAGGGCAACACGUCCGGGUAUGAGGACUGCACCGAGGGAGAGGACGGCCCGGCUAAGAAGCGCGCCAAGCCAACCAAGGUCGACAAGCCCAACCCGUUUGCAGGUGGCUCAGAGUCUCUACGCGUUGCUGCCAGCACCUCUGGCUCGUUACGAAAUUUCCGCCCUGUGGCUACCAACAGCGAGGGCACUGCAGCAAGUCAUUUGCAGGAAGUGCCACGUGCUCCCACUCCAGUGCCUAAUGGCCCAGUCUUCCCAGGUCGCGCAGCCAAGCUAAGGCGCGAGUCGACUCUCGGACAGAAACCCAUGAGCUAUUCCACAGCUGGCUAUACCGAUGCGAGAAAUCCCCUGUCUCCUCAGGACGAUGAACGCUCACCAGAAUCUCUCGCUCCUACUCCCGCCUUCUCAGAAGACAGCCCGCCUGAUAUUGGCUCCUCACCACCGGUACAGCGUGCCACACCUUUUCUCCGAUCCAGCCCUCCUCCUUCAAGCCCCGUCUUGCCGCCCAUGCCGCCCUCAAAGAUGCCAAACGACGCAAGUUUCAUGUCUGAAAACAUGGAUCUGUUUGGCGACGAGUCUCUUCCGCCACCUCCGCAAGCGCCUCCUCCUCGCAAGGCUCCCGCGCGGGCACGCAAAGGCAAGGUCGAGACCAAGGGCGGCAAAGGGGUUCCCGUACAGGUUUAUCAAAUGCAGGACGGGCCUCAGGGCCAGGAUCUAGUCCAUAUUGCCAGCUACAACACUUCAUUUCCAACUGCGCCGCAGCAGCAACAACAUCAGCAAGCGCAGCAGCAGCAGCAAGCGCAGAUGGCGCAGCCUGAGCUACCGUCUCUGAAGCAGUCAGUGCCGCAACAACCCAGCGAGACGGUGCCUAUCAAGAAAGACCGUAUACCCUCACCACCUGGCAUGGCUCCGACACCGCCCCCCACAACCGAUGCUGCUGAGAAGCCUCCUACGCCGGUAGCAGACUUGCCCGAGGUUCCCGUCGAGGUAAAGGAAGUUAAGAGAGUUAUCCCAGAACCAGUGGCACAGCCUCCUACCGAUGACAGACAAAGACCGUCGUCCCAACCGCCUGCCUCCACGACACCAGUACUCAAGGCUAAGAAGCCCCUGGCUCGCUCGAACUCUGCUGGUCCGCUAAUGCUGCCCAACAUUCCCGCGAGCGAGCCUGCUGGCCCUUCGAACCUAGCACAAGCAGCUGCUGCUGAACAGGAGAUUACCCAACUACCGUAUCCCAAUGGUCGACGCGGCAACUCUACUGGGGCAAUGGACAUGGUGUCGGCCAGUGACCCCCCAGCGCCAGUCGCGCGAGCAGACCAGCUGAGUCUGCCCGAAGCCGCCAUGCCACCCAGCGAACCUAUUCAACCGCCGCCUUCGUCACCUGGAAACAGAGCGAACAAAAAUAUUGUCAAGAAGCACGCCAUAAAGCAGCGUCUGGAGGAAGCCAUUAUGAACGGCACGAUGCCUCCCUUCUGCAGCAACUGUGGUGCCAUUGAGACCCCUACAUGGCGCAAAAUUUGGAUUCAGGAUCGCGACGGGGUUCCCGAGUAUGCUGAAUACUCGGAGAAGCCUGGUCGAAUUACCGCCAUUGAGAUUCUACAGCGCGAUGAAAACGAGAAGCCAACUCAGCAUCGCGUCAUCAAGAAAGGCCUCGGCCCAGCGGACGAAAAGGCCAGCUGGCAAGAAUUGCUUCUUUGCAACCCUUGCGGUAUCUGGCUGACAAAGUGUAAAACACACCGCCCUCCUGAGCGUUGGGACAAGGACUCUUCCCGUCUGGGCCAAGAGCGUCGCAAGAGGGGCACUGGUCGCACCAAGAAGAGCCGAGCCAAGGCGGGCGGUAUGCCCAAUCCCACAUCGGAGGCGUAUCUUCACACAGAUGCCAUGGGCCCACCCGAGCCUUCUUCACCAAAGUAUGGCCCUAGCGGGAUCUCCAACGCAGCUAUCGAGGGGCUGAUUGUGGCAACUCAGGGUGACUCAGUCGCUACUGAAGGCGGUGCCAUGGAUAUGCAAUCCAUCCCUGGAUCGACGCACUCUGCUGCGAGUGGUGAUGGCACAGCCAAGAGUCCAAUCGAUAUCGAGCUGGAUCAGGCCAUGGGCACAACGAAGCGACUCUUGUUCCCUUCGCCAAGAAAGCCUGGCACGCCCAAGGUCCUCGGCACUGUUGAUGUCAAUGUUGUCAUGACCGAUGAAAUGUGCCGCCAGAACAAGGGUGUCGGGACCGAGAAGGAGAACAUGCCGGUUGUGACUCGAGAAGGCCUUCUCGAAUGCGAUGACCCAGAGGCCCUUUUCCGCAGCCCCAUGAUCGCCCGCCCAAGCACGCCUCCGAACGCCAAGGCCUCUGUCGCUGCUGAGCCCUUCAAGACGCCUACUCGUGCGACGCCCAGUCAUCGACCAGUCACAAGAAGUGUCUCGAAGUCUCUGCGGACCGUGCGAUCUGUCUCUUCGCCCAGCCAGCUCGCUCUGAUGCAGGCCACUCCGACCAAGACGCCGCACUCGAUCCGCGGCGGUCUGGGAAGUCUGGCUCGCAGACGCAGCCCUCGAAAUCACCAAAACGCUUUUGACAUAUUCGACACGCCGAUUUCGAGAACGAUCAACCAGCUUCUGUCAGAACCAAACGGCUUCGCCCUCGACAGCGAGUUGGAUCUCGGCAACUUGCCUGCGCUGGAGAGCAGCCACGAUACCCUUUUGGAGUUUGGCAAUCUGCUUAGCACCGACGGAAUCAUGCCGAGCUCUCCACCUAGAAAUGGGUCGGUUCCUUUUGAUUACGAAGCUUCUUGGGCUCAAUGGAGCAUGGACAUCCCAGGUCACGGGGAAAACGAAUAA